AUGUGAACGAGAUGUCAAUAGACAUCGGCCAUUUUGGGAAUAAUGAUGGCGCCAAUGUUUUCUGUUUUAAGAAAUUUUACCGCCAUGUCACUCUUGAUGUUCUGAUGAGUAUCGCUUGUAGCCGAUAUUAAUUUGACACAAUGGCCCCAAGUAAGAAUAAGCGGGCCAGUGAAGAGAGUCCAGAGCGUCGUUCCAAGAGGCGCCGGCCGAAUGAAGAUGAAGAAGAAGAGGAAAAAGAACGGGAGCCAGUUAGUAGCAAAGCAUCCAGUAGCAAGAAGGCUGCUGCAUACAGCUCUAGUGGUGGUGGUGGUGGUGGUGGUGGUGGUGGCUCACACAAACCAGCUGAGCUGUUCCGCAAGGAUUUAAUCAGCGCCAUGAAGCUGCCUGACUCUGAGCCCCUGGCCCCAGAAGAUUACCUGCUGAUAGCUGACCAGUGGAAGCAGGAGUGGGAGAGGGGGGUGCAGGUGCCUGUCAACGAGGUUGCCAUCCUGCCUGUAGUAAUGAGGGAAGUAACAGAAAAGACCGGAGGUUCAGGUGAUUUUAAAAUGCCCAAGAAGUGUCUGCAUGCAGUAAAAGACGAGACUUAUCAGCUUGGCAUGCAUGAGUUGACGGGGAUGUCCCAGCUCUCAGAGCAGGUGGUUCGGUACGACCUCGACGAUCUAGACGUGGCCUGGCUCAUCCAGCUCAAUGAGACACGGGUGGAAGUCGGGGCUGUACAGGUCCUAGAAUGGACUAUGGAGCGUGUGCUGGAACUCUUUGAGGCUCGUUGUCAUGACAAAAUGGAGACAAAGAAGAAGACGGAGGAAGGGCUGGGCAUUGAGUACGAUGAGGACAUUGUCUGCGAGAUCUGCCAAUCUCCUGAGAGUGAGGACACUAAUGAGAUGGUGUUCUGUGACGGCUGUGAUAUUUGUGUGCAUCAAGCUUGUUACGGUAUCCAGACAGUACCGGAGGGCAGCUGGUUGUGUCGGACGUGUGCUCUUGGCAUCAAACCUGCAUGUAUACUCUGUCCUAAAGUGGGAGGGGCCAUGAAGAGCACAAGGAGUGGAUCUAAGUGGGCCCAUGUUAGUUGUGCUAUCUGGAUCCCGGAGGUGACCAUUGGCUGUGUGGACAAGAUGGAACCGAUCACCAAGAUAUCCAUGAUACCCGCCAGUCGGUGGGCGUUGAUAUGCUGCGUGUGUAAGGAGAGGGCUGGAGCCUGCAUCCAGUGUUCUGUGAAGUCCUGCAAGACGGCCUUCCAUGUCACCUGCGCCAUUUCUGACAAGCUGGAGAUGAAAACUGUGCUGGUAGAGGAAAAGAACACUGCAGAUGAUGUCAAACUCAAGGCCUAUUGUCCUAAGCACAGCAGGAAGAAAGAUCGUCGCAGCUCGGAGUCCGACCCAGACUCUCCCCGCAAGUCUCUCAACGGGUCUCCGGUCAAGGAAUCCCACAUGACAGAGGAAGAGCGGGCCACACUCAGGGCACGGAGGCUACAGAGACUGGAAGAUGAGUUCUUCAGCCUGAUUGAUGUAGCUGAUAUUGCUCAGCAGUUAGAUCUGCCAGAAGACGUGGUGGAUCUGAUAUUUGUUUAUUGGAAACUCAAGCGCAGGUCUAUGUUCAAUCGCCCGCUGCUUACUCCCAAGACAGAGGAGGCAGACCUUCUGGAGAAACAACAGGAAGACAGUCUAGUGGCCAGAAUGAAGAUGUUUGUGCAUCUACGACAGGACCUUGAGAGGGUGAGGAAUCUAACAUACAUGAUCAGCAGACGUGAGAAAAUGAAGAAGCAGUUCAACUCUGCAAGGGAAAGUGUCUUCUAUGCUACCUUGGAGGUAUUGACUGACAAGAAUCUCAACCUCUCAAAACGAGAAGUGGACAGAAUCGUCCAGUCCUACAAAGAUCUUCCCCCACCAUAUGGUAACAGUGUGUUGAAAAAGCACAAGAUAACUCCCACUAAUUCCCGCGCACCCAGUGUCGCAUCUAGAAGGUCGUCUGUAGACUCUACUUCUGGGAAGCGGCAUUCUGUGGACCUGUCUGGGAACGAUGUAACAAAUAAUCAAACAAAAACAGAAAAUCAACAAAGCAGAAGAGGUCGACCAAAAGGUAGAGUGUCUUCAAUAAUCCAGGAAGAUAAUAAAAGCUCACUUAACACAAUCGGUACCAGUGAUGAUAAAGGAAAUGAAUCUGAUGACUCUGUUGAUAAUACUCCUCAGACAAGUGAAGUUCACACAAGGAUUGUGCAGUCAGACAUGGAAACUAGUGAUAUGAAGCUAGAGACUUUAGAGGGUAAGAAUGAAGGCCGUAGAAGCGUUGGGCGGCCUAAGAAAAUCAACAAAGAAGAAGUAAUCGAAAAGGUGGAAGAAGAGAAAGCUAAGCCUUCUGGAAAGAGAGGGCGUCCCAGGACUAGCUUGCCAGAAAUUGUGGAAAAAGAGACGGAAAGCUGUGCUAAUACAAGCGAGAGUGUGGAGAGAACCAGUGGCAACUCUGUGUCAGCUGAGAGGAGAGAGAGACGCCAUUCUGUCGUAGCCAAACUGAGUGAGACGGAAAAGGAAGAAUUGGUAGAGAAAUACCCAAGUGCAAAGUUAGUGUCCGAUCAGGUGAAAGCUGAGCUAAGUGGGUACCUUACGAACAAUAAACUUGUGGUAAGUAACAGUAUACGUCACAAAGUACAGACAGCACUGUUAAAUGGUAAACAUAGGAAUAAAUUUGGUAAAGGAAUAAUCAUUGAUCAUACUCAAAGUAAGAUUGACAAUUUCUUUGUUAAGUCUCCCCCGCAAUGUGAUCCCACUUCGCUGAACAGUCCAGUUAAAAGUGUCUCUAGAGUGUUAAAUGAACUGUCACCAACAAGGGAUCGGUUAGAAGCCAAUAAUGUAGAGAGGACUACAAUAUUGCGUAGUGGUGUCAAGGUCACUGACUGCCAUAUAAGUACAAGGAGUGGAAACACUCCAGGUAGAAAUUCUCCAGCUAUGUCUGAAAAAAGUGAAAAGAGUGAUUCGCAGUUUUCACCAACUAUUAGAACCAGGCGACAUCUCGAUAGUAUGGGAGCAAAUAGUGUCAAGGACAAACGGUUUGACAAUGACAGUAACUAUACAAGAAGUAGCGCCUCCACACCGGAGAGCAGUGUUAGCGGAAAGAGUAACACAAGAAAAAGUGAGACACGACUACGGACUAGGUCUGCUACACCUGUCGCUAAGGACUCUGACUCAGAAACAGAAAAUAUGUACAGUGAAAGCAAGCUGACAAGAUGAUGAAAACUACACUGAAUGGCAGCAAUUUGAGUUGUUGUGGGAAAAUUGAGUCUAAUGCAUGUGGGUAAAGUGUCAUCCCAGAUAAGCCUGUGCAGUAAAAAGGCAUAUGCAUUAAGAUGAGUUUUACCAAACGUGGCUCAUAUUUAAGCUAUUAUGUCAAAAAUGGCAGCUAAUUUAAUUCAUUAUUUUUGUGUGGAUUAUAUUUACAACAUUUUUAAUUUUCAUACACGUAAUCAAUUUAAUACUUAUAAAUGUUUGUGUUUUAUUUAAAGGCUGCAUUCAUGUUUUCACAUUCAUGUAUUCCAAGAAGUUUAAUUUGCCAUUUUGAUCACACAUUUUUGCUGUGUUUGAACUUGAUACAGUUGAACUUAAAAAGGAUAUAACAAGCCAUGUUCUUAGAAAAAGGGGCUUAAUGCAUGUUUAAAAAGUGUCGUCCCAGAAUAGCCUAUACAGUCUGCACAGGCUUAUUAAAGAUUACACUUUCCACUUUUGUGGAAUUAUUCGUUUAAAGAAAGACUCUUCUAAACAAAAAUAAAGUCUAUGUGAAAAGUGUCGUCCAUGAUUAGCCUGUGCUGACUGCACAUGCUAUUCUGGGGCAACACUUUAAAGUGCAUGCAUGUAACCCUGUUUUCUGGGACAUAUGCUACAUGUAUGCUAGUAUAGGGCAUUCUUAACUAAAAAUGUAUGAGAUUUUAAAAAGGCACUUUUGUGAAGUGACUAAAUUAAUUCAAGAGAUAUUUCUUACAAUUGUAAGGUAUUUUGUAAAAUAGUAUAUAAUAUUAAGAUGUUUAAUGAAUAAACACUUGAAUAAAAACUGGAAUAAAAUUGC